AAUGAACCCGAGCGGCUUUAGGGUGAGCAUCAACAAAAGUUCCAUAAAUGGUAUGUGAGUUUAAGAUCACAAUGAUUCUUUAUCGUAAGAUGUAGAUCAAGAAUAUGUUUAAGACAAACAUUUUUCUAUAUUUGGUAUAAUUUCUCAGACCAAACGUUUAAAGAUCACGUGACUACAUGUUACGUCAUACAAAGAUACUCCACACGUUGUCAUUCAUUUGGAGUCGACAAGGGUUGUCGGACACACGCCACCGACAGCGAGGGGCUCGUCUUCCUUUCCAUAAAGCACAUCCAUAGCGUAUGAUUAAAUGAUCCUUUUCCGAGUUGCCGGCUAUUAGAAGCUGAGCUGGGACUUCUGAAACACUCCAUCAUGGAUCGAUUUCUACUGGGGAUUCUUGUUGUGACUGUGGUCGUGUCGGUUGAGACAAGGUCAACAUGUGGGCGUGGUCAGUUCCUGGACCCAGACUCACACAUGUGUGAAUACUGUAGCAUGGUGUGUGAUCACAUGGAGAUACAGAACACUGCCAGUAAAUGCAACAAUAAUUGUCCAGAUUUCCUUGCAAAGACUACCUCGACUACAGGAUCAACUUGGGUUUCAACGCUUCCAGCUCCAGCUGGUCUGAAAGAUGUAGAGACUACAUCAAGGACGAAUUCACCUUCUAGUCUGGCUGUGGUCGUACCUGUUGUCUCAAUUGCAGCUGUCGUCGUCAUCCUUGCUUUAUCACUCUACCACAGACAGAGGUUGCACCAGAUGUGCUUGAAAGUCCAGUGUUACUGCCACACCAAACGUCCUGUGCAGGUGGUCGAUGGUGGCAAUGGUGGACCUGACGACGUCCCAACACCAAAUGAAAUCCUGAUGUGUGACGUCACAACGAUGGAUCGCAACUGACGGUGAUCUUCAAAGAAACUAUGGAGACAUCUUUCACGUUGCAUGACAGAGGGUCAUCUGUGACACAAACAAUUCCAGACAUUGUAUAUUUGUGGAUCAUGGAAAUUCUAGGCCACCUGAAGAUAUUGAAGUACAGUGUCCAUGAAUACAACGCGAAUCAUCAUCAUCAUUUUCUUCUUCUUCAUGAUCAUCAUAAUCAUCAUCACCACUCGAUUCCGAUCUCCAUAUCGUUUUGUAUAUUUCCUAACAAAGAGCUUUUAUCUAUUCAUUCAAUUAUUGAUGUUUGUUCAUA